AUGUCUUAUAGGGAUUUGAGAAAUUUUACUGAAAUGAUGCAAGAAUUAGGAUACCCUAGAUUAAUUUCAAUGGAAAAUUUUAGAAUGCCUAAUUUUCCAUUAGUGGCAGAAAUAUUAUCUUGGUUAGUUAAAAGGUUCGAUCCUGAUGCAGACAUCCCUUUAGAAAUACAAACCGAAAACGAACGGAUAGCUUUGAUUAAAUCAGUAGCACAAUUAUUAGUAUUAAAAGCAAAUUUAAAACUCAGUACUAAAAAAUUAUACCAAGCCGAUGGAUAUGCAGUUAAGGAAAUGCUUAAAAUUACAACCAUGUUGCACGAUUCAUUGAAAACGACAAAUAUUAAAAAUAAAGAAACUGAUGACUUACCCGAAGAAUUUAUUGUUGCAACUUCCAUUAAGCUUCAAGAAUUGAAAUCAGCCAUCCAGUUAGUUGGAAGUAUAGUUUCCUCCGGUGCUUCCUUAUACGAUUUGCUUGGGAAAGAAAAAGAAAUAAAAGAAAUUCGUAAUAACGUAGCUUUUCGUUCUAUGGAAAUGCCUCAGGUUGAACAAGCAGUGAAAGAAUCCGUUCAAAAUGUUUCACACGAAAUAGAAAAUACUAGAAAAUCCAUAGAAGGUCUUACAUCGAGCAAAGCGAGCCUGGAUGCGAAAAUAGAAAAAAAAAAAUCAGAUUUAGAUCGGCAUACAAAACGUCUUCAAACAUUAAAAAAAAUUAGACCGGCUUUUAUGGAAGAAUUUGAAAAAUUAGAAGAAGAAUUAAAAGAAUUAUAUAAUGAAUAUGUUUUAAAAUAUAGAAAUUUACUUUAUUUAGAAUGUAUUUUAGAACAAACGGAACAAUCAGCUCUUAAAAAAAUUGAUCAAAAACAAGCCAUAACAAGAAAAUUAAUUGAUGAAUUAAAACAAGAUAAUGAAUCAAUAAAAUCAGGAGAUUUGGGAUCUGAAACAUUUGAUGAUAAUAUCAAAUCUAAAGAUAAACAAACCCCUGAAGUAUUUAAAAAAACAAGAAAAGAAUCAUUUGAAGAACAUGGAAAAAAAAGAAAAGUUUUUGGUAAUAUGACUGGAAUUAAUGAUUCUGACAGUCCAGAUUCUGAUUCUGAUUUAAUAUUAGAUGGAGAUAUGACAGUAGAUGAAGAUGAUGAAGAUGAUAUGGAAAUUGAAAAUCAUCCUGUUAAAAAUUUUAGCGAUGAUGAUUUUUAA